AUGAAAUAUUACAAAAACUUGAACAAAUAAAACAAACAUAUGGUACAGAUGAUUUUGAAGCUGCAUUUGAACUUUUAAAAGAAACAGUUCAUGAAUUACGUGAUAAUUUUAAUGAAGCUCUUAAAAAUAAAGAUGAAAAUAUAAAUUCAUUACUUGGUGCUAUUGAAACA